CGUCAAUAUUACGGACGCUUUCCCCGCAGACGGCUAUGGCCCUUCGGUCUACCGUGUCAAGGUAACUGGCGAUGGAAACAAAACCAUAGCAGACUUCACUCCUGGUAGUGAGGAAGAAGACUCCUUUCUGUUUGACGAUGGAGGCUCGCAUCUGGCAGACUAUCCAGGAGGCUGGCGCUUUGCAGACGGCGCAUCCGCAAUGAUUUACAAGUUUGACGUUCCACCUCAGACAACUCAACUUACGCUCACCCUUUCAAUGUGGAAUCAGUUUCUCGUUUCGGCAUCGUCAGCACGCCCGGGUUACUACAGGAUCAACUCAAUCUUCCGCGACUACAUCGUCAGUACAGCAGCUCCCUGCAUAUGGCUGGACAGUAACAGGCAGAGGGAAGCCGCGUUGCUCGACAAGCUCCUUCGUCAAUUCCAGCCUAACACGGCAUACCUCGGCUGGUUUCCAAACGGCGAUGAGAUGACCGGUGUUACGCAACUCGCAAGGAACGGCUUAUACGUCGCCGCUGCGGACUUCUACUUCAACCCCACCAUCUUCAGUGGUUUCAGCACCAAAAGCCAAUCUCAGCAGUCUGCGAUAGGGGGACCUCCAUGGCGGCCUCCUCCGCCCCCUCCCCAAAAGACCCCGAAGGUCUUUCUGUCUCUGGUCUACCUCGAAGGCGACAACAUCCAGUACGACCAGCGGAGCAUGUUCCAGCACUGGAACGACUCCGCGAGGGGAUCAGUCCCACUUGGCUGGACCAUUAGCCCGUUGCUGCGCGAUAUCGGGCCGGGCAUCUUGUCGUAUUAUCAAAGGACGUCUACGGAGAAUGACUUGCUGAUUGCCGGACCGGAUGGCGCGGGGUAUACGUAUCCCGGCGUCUGGCCAAGACGAGCUCUUUCUACAUUCUUGACUCAGAGCGGUGAGUAUAUGCGAGCGACACAAACGGACGAGGUCUUAUUCGUGUACGACCGCAUCAACGCCUCCGAUAACCCGCUCACACCUGGGCUAACUCUCGACUUCCGCGACGCCGUCGGGAGGAAUAGGUUGCGGGGGAUAUACUACGGGUCAUUUGUUUCCACGGUGGAUGCGCUGCAGGUGAAUGUUACAGAGGGCUUCCCGGUGACGAACAUGGUGAGUAUCGGGAACGAGGAGAGCGGUGCGGCGACGUUGCGGAAUAUUUCGGAUAAUUGGAGGGGUCGUGGGCCUCUAUUUGUGGCUGGCGCUGUGAGUGCUUUUGAUAUGACACCGACGAGUGUUACUAGUAUGGUUAAGAAGUUGGGUCAUGAGUUUGAGGUUGUGAGGCCUGAUAUGUGGUUUGAGCUGUUGAGAAAACGGGAAAGCUGGCCUGGUCUUGGGUAGGAUGGCAUUCUCUCGUGAGGAGACUAGUGCCACGAGACUUUAGAGCCUCUCGACGCCUCAAGAUGAACAAUAGAGAUUACGAGGCGUUGUCUAUAGCCUGUAACGGACGUAGGAGCAAUGCAGCGGGGUUGCACCGGUGGGAGAGUGCCGGUGGGAGAAGGAUCCCCACUGAUCUAGGACGCAUACACCCUUAUUGACGAUGCGUGAUACCUCGUUUGUUGUUGUAUGUGCUUGGUUAAUUCAUGUCAGUA